AUGGAUUUACAGUUGUCGAUUUAUGGUGAAAACGUGUACGCAUUGCCUUUGGAAGUCUUCACUUGCAAAACGGUCAUUAAGAUGAAACUGGGGACAGAUUUUGGCAUCGAUUUUCUUCCUAAGAAUGCUUGGCUACCAGCCCUUGAGACUCUCUGUCUUGACUCUAUUCGCUUCUAUGAUCUUCAUGAUUGUGCCUUCCAGGCGCUUCUUUUUGCUUCCCCUGAGCUUAAGGAACUAAUCAUAGAUGUUAAACUCAAUCUUCGACUGGUGCCAAAUCCCCAAUGGGAUGGACUAUAUCCAGAUGAUGAGGAUGUCUAUUCCAGCAAUCCUGCAAAUCUUAUCAAAGGGAUAAGACAUGUGAAGAUACUCGAGUUAUCCUCUUCUUUCAGUUUUGAGGCACUAAACUUCUUCCACAGAUCAUUCCCACUAUAUGAAUGCUUAAACCUGCUGAUCCUUAACCAUGUGGACGUUGAAUUUUGCUGGCAAUUUCUUCCUUUCUUGCUGAAGAAGGCUCCAAAUUUGAAAACUCUCAUCAUCAAGGGAGGGUUGCAUUGUGGGGAAGAGCCUGACUAUGGCUAUGUCUGUCGAUGUUUGUCAAACUAUUCUUGUCUACCUUCAUCAAAUAUAGAAGUUUUGAAGAUAAACUUAGCGGAGGGAGGCACAGUGGCUGAACUGGAGCAGCUUAAGAAUUUUUUGGGUAAGUUGACAUCUCUGCAACUGCUGCAGGUUGGCUCGUGGAAGAAGCUUAGAAAAGAGUUCAUGAGUGAUCUCCUAAAGCUUCCGAGAGCUUCGUCCAAGUGCAAAAUCCAGCAGACCAGACUCCAGUAG